AUGAAGGUGCCUCUUCUAUUAGAUCUUCAAGUCUGCACUAGAUUUUUGUUGCGGUUUUGCUCCCAUUUCCAUCCUUGUCAUACGACAUGGUUCAUUGCACUCGGUGUAGCGUUGACUGGGAUGACAAAGGGUAAUAUUAGGCUUGCUGUGAGGAAGGCAAACAAGGAAAAGGAAAAUGAAGGAUCCACACAAGCCAAAGAGGCCUCCAAGUGCUUUUCUGUUUUCAUGUAUGUUGGAGGUGCUGAAGAUGAGUCCGACGAGUCAAAGUUUGAGGUUAAUGGUGAUGAGGACGAUGAGAGCUUUGGAGAUGAAGAAGACAACAAGCAAGCACUAUCACAAAAAACUAGACUGAAGCUCGGGCAAAAAGAGGAGAGGGGAAACGUGUCUUUGUUUUCCUUUUUGGUAUACAGACUUAUUUUGAGGGAAGGGAUGGAGGGAGAGGAGGUUGAGCGUUUGCAGACCCAUGAGCAAAAAAUGGCUGACUACAACAAGAAUUUGAUUUUCAUCCGAUCAUCCAUUCUCAAUACAAGUCAGGGGUUCAGAGUUCGAUUAGAGACUCAUAGCUCAAUCAUCUACCAAGUCGAGAAAGCUGUUAAUUAA